GAAGAAAUGGCUGAAGGCAAUCAGUCCACAGUGACUGAGUUCAUCCUCGCUGGGCUCACAGACAAACCAGAACUGCAGCUGCCCCUCUUCCUUCUCUUCCUUAGCAUCUACCUGUUUACAGUGCUGGGCAACCUGGGCAUGAUCAUCCUGAUCCUGCUCAGCUCCCAUCUGCACACCCCCAUGUACUUCUUCCUCAGAAGCCUGUCCUUCAUUGACCUCUGUUAUUCCACUGUCAUUAUCCCCAAAAUGCUGGUGAAUUUUGUGACAGAGAAAAACAUCAUUUCCUACCCUGAAUGCAUGACUCAGCUCUACUUCUACAUAGUUUUUGUUAUAUGUGAGUGCUUUCUGUUGUCUGCAAUGGCAUAUGACCGUUAUGUUGCCAUCUGUAACCCCUUGAUGUAUAAUGUCACCAUGUCUUACCAAGUCUGUUUCUGGAUGGUAGGUGGGGUGUAUGCAAUAGGCUUUAUUGAAGCCACGGUUAACACUGCCUGCAUGCUACACGUGAUUUUCUGUAAGGCUAAUGUAGUAAACCACAUCUUCUGUGAUCUUUAUCCAUUGCUGCAACUUGCCUGCUCCAAUAUGUUUGUCACUGAGGUAGUAGUUCGGUGCCUCAGUACUUUAAAUUUUUGUGUUCCAACUCUGACCAUCGUGAGCUCUUAUAGUUUGAUCAUUGCCAAAAUCAUCCGCAUUAAAUCCACUGGGAGCAGAUUCAAAGCCUUCAGCACCUGCAGCUCCCACUUCUCUGCUGUUGCUGUCUUCUUUGGUUCUCUGGCAUUCAUGUACUUUCAGCCACCAUCUGCCAGCUCCAAAGAUCAAGGAAAAGUGUCCUCUGUGUUUUAUACUACUGUUGCACCCAUGCUGAACCCCCUAAUCUACAGCCUGAGGAAUAAGGAUGUCAAACUUGCUAUAAAUAAGUUGCUACAAAAGAAGAGACCUCAUAUGUAA